AUGCCCAAGUCAAAACGAGCAAAGGUGGUCCACAUGACCAAUGUGACCAAGAAGACGCGUGAGCAGAAGGAGCAGCUAUUCGCCAACAUCCGAGAAUGUGUGCCUCAGUACCAGCACCUCUUCGUCUUUAGCGUCGACAACAUGCGCAACAACAACCUCAAGGAUGUGCGACGGGAGCUGUCGGGUGACAGCCGGAUGCAGAAAUCCCGGGAAGCUAACGAGACCGAAAACAGCAUGUUCUUCGGCAAGACCAAACUCAUGGCCCGGGCCCUGGGCCAGACGGCUGAGGACGAGCAGGCCGAGGGCCUGCACAAGCUGACGUCGCACCUGGCCGGCACCGUCGGGCUCAUCUUCACCAACCGGCCCGCCGCCGAGCUGCUGUCGUACCUGGACUCGAUCACGUCAGUCGACUUUGCGCGCGCCGGCGCCGUCGCGCCCAGGGACUUUUCAAUCCCGCCGGGCAUCGUCUACAGCACGGGAGGCGAGGUGCCGCAGGAGUACGACGUUCCUCUUGCGCACUCGAUCGAGCCCGAGCUCCGCAAGCUCGGCGUCCCCACGAGGCUCAUCAAGGGCCGCGUCGUGCUCGGCGGUGAGAACGGCGAGGGCAGCACCGGCUACGACGUCUGCAGGGAAGGCGACGUGCUCGACAGCCGGCAGACAAGGCUACUCAAGCUGUUUUCUGUAUGCUUUAGCGAGUUCAAGAUACAGGUUUUGGCUUACUGGUCAGCUGCGACUGGCGAGGUUACAGAAGUUAAUCCCGGCUCAGGGGGUGAUGCCAUAGACGAUAGCGACUGA